AUGACGUCAUUUAUUAACUCGUUGCCAUGCCAGCAAAGGCCUGGAGUAAAAUUAAAAGAUGCACAAGUACUACAUCAUCUCCGUCAAAGAUAUUUAUUUGUAAAGAAAUCUAAUGUUGGGCGCCUUCCACAACCGAGGAAGACAAGAUCGACCACAAUACCUGGCACGGAUUAUUGUCCAUGGGACUGGAAAGAGGACAUAAAUCCCGAUAGAGUCCCGCGAACUAUCGUGAAGGCUGCCUGUCCUGGAUGUUCACAUUUUUGUCGAGCUGUUGUAUAUCAUCACAACGUUUUGGUCUCGAGAUGCGACGCAAAAACGGGAGACAGAGUGUGGAAAUGGAAACAAAAAGUUCUUCCAAUAGCUUUUGUGUACGACCCUUACAAAUGA